CGAAUAGCAAAAAUGGUGUGGUGGUGAGAAUUUAGAUACGAACUGAAUUUAGCACAAGGAAGUAGCGCUAAACUGUUAAGUUUACAAAAUGAUUCUGCAAUGUGGAUGAGUCUUCCUUGAUCAAAUACCAAAAAACCUUUAGGAAUGCAAGCAAUUCAAAAUGGGAGACGUUGAUUUGAAAUGUCCGGGUUGUUGUACUAAAAGCUUUGCUACGAAACCUGAACUUAUUGAGCAUUUAGCAAGUAUUUUAGACAAUGUCAUUUGUCCUAUAUGUAACAAUAAAUGGUCAUCUCUAGGGCACCUUAUUGAACAUUUAACUCUUGAUAACUGCCGGCCAGAUGAUGAACUUGAAACAAUAACAUUCGAUAUUUCGAACAUAGAAAGUGUAAGCAAUGUUGAUGUCCCUACAGAACAGCAUGAAAUCGUUUCAAAUCAAAUUAAACAAGAUACCUCAGAUCCCUUUCCAUCCAAUUUUAAAGAAAUCACAGAAGAUGGAGCUGGCAAGAUGUACGUAGAAGUAUUAAGUAAGCAAUUGAUGAAACCGUGCAUACAAACACAAGAGCUCAAGCUGGUCAAAGAACAUGGUGUCAGUCGGUACUUAAUAAUGACAAGUGAUGAUGCAGAGUUGGAUGCUGGCAGUACUGUUGUCACAAAACAGAAUAAUGAUGGCACCAUAUCAUUAACUACUGUAAAAGAUAUGAAAAUGGAGUCAGAAACUGUAAUAACGCAAGCAAAUGAGCCUGAAGAAAAUCAAGAAGAGAUAUAUAGCUGCAAUACUUGCGGUGUCUCAUUCACAUCAGUGUUAGAGCAUAUACAAAACUUCCAUAAUGACCAGGACGUUGUAGUUGAGGAACCCAUGGACGAUAUGGAUAACACAGAAGCUAAUCCUGUCGCCUACGAAUCCUCAAUACCAUCAGAAGAUUCCACUAUGGUAGACAAGCAGAUGUCACGACGCAUGAUUACAGAGACUGGAGAUAUUAUUGAGGCUCCUAUACUUCUGAAGACUGCUACGAUUGGAAUAGCUCCAGAUCAAAUGAACAAAAUUCAGCCACAACUAAAAGAAGAGGUAAUGGAUAAAGCGGGGCGGAUAUACACAAGGCGAUAUGUUCAAAUCGACAAAUUUUGUGAUAGUGUUGUUAAAAAUAUAAAACAGCCCGAUGAGAAAAAUGGGCCAUACCAUAAGGUUGUGAUAAAAGAAAUUGAAUCGACUACAGCGCCUGGUGAAAAAGUGAAAGUGUUUCAUUGUAUGUCAUGCAAUAUUUAUGUGUCUGCAUUGGAGCAGUUCAAAUUGCAUCCAUGUAAAACUCCAAAAUAUUCAUGUCCACACUGCCCAGUUAGCUACGAGAAUUCUAAGUCGCUGUGCGCCCACAUGAAAGUUCAUAAAACAAAGACUGGUGCAGCGACGACUGGGACGCCGCCGAUAUUCGAAUGUGAAGUUUGCAACACAAUAUUUCCGACCAAUAAGUCUUUGAAACUGCAUAAACGGAUGCACGACCCUACUAAAGUUCGUCCUAUAGAACCACCAGUAGAAACAGCAGACGGCAGCGAAGUGAGCAAAGACAAGUUCAUAUGUUCGGUAUGCAGUAAAGUGAUACCCAUAGACUACAGAGACAUUCACCAGAAGUCGCAUAAGAUGACGAAUAAUUUUAACUGCGAUAUUUGUAAUAAGAAAUUUCACUCUAGCGAGUAUUUGGAAAUGCAUAUGAGUGUACAUAACUUAGACAAGGUAUCAGUGAGUAAACAAGACAAGUCCCUACCAUACACAUGUUUGUACUGCGAGAGAAGAUUUGCGAGGCCGCACGAAAAGGUUAAACAUGAAAGAAUACAUACAGGUGAAAAGCCCCAUUCGUGUGAGAUCUGCGGCAAGUCAUUCCGCGUGUCGUACUGUCUCACGUUGCACAUGCGCACACACACCGGCGCCAGACCUUACGCCUGCCCACACUGCGGGAAAAGGUUCAAAGCACACAGCGUGUACAAUCACCACUUGUUAACGCACUCUGAAGUGCGUGCGUACAAGUGUCCGUACUGCCCGAAAGCGUUCAAAACGUCCGUACAGCUCGCUGGACAUAAGAACUCCCAUACUAAACCCUUUGCCUGCCAGCACUGUAAUAGGCCCUUCGCGUCGCUGUAUCAACUGCGCGUGCACACGGAAACGCACGCGCGGCAGAACAAUCUCAAGUUCUCUUGCUCCAUGUGCGGCGCAAGUUACGCGCGCGCAUUUGCACUGAAGGAUCACAUCAAGCAAGUGCACAAUCGAGACGCAGAUAAGGUUGAUAGCUUGACGGUUCUCAAAGAAGACGAAUGGAUAAUCAGAGAAAACGUGGAAGCAGACACAGAAGAGUUGCAGGUGAACAAAAGUCUGCCCAGAGAGAUGAAAAUGGAAAUAAUUAAUACAAACCAGCUUAUAGUCCCAAACUAGAUUUUAAAUAACGUGAUAUUAUACAUACAGGGUGACUUUUUGUGUCGAAAGUGAAAAAUGGAUUUUUUAAAUUAAAAAAGGGAUUUCCAUAGUAUUUGGAACAUGUGAUUAAAUAAUAUUUUGCUUGUAUAAUAAAAUUAUCAAAUUAAAAAAGUAUCGAUAGGGCGAUAAUAUCCGCGAUUACCUAGCGUGGUGAAACUACACAGUUUUUUCUUUUCACGCGUAAAAAGUCGCUCUGAUAAGUGUCGAUUCUGUUGUUCACAUAGUUUUAAAAUCUAAACUAAUUUAGUAGAACUUAAAAAUUGUAAGCAUUAAUUCAACCCUGUCCACGGGCUGAUCUGAGAUCAGGAUUUGAACUUAUAAGGUCGCUGUGCAGGCUUGCUUGCACAAGUUAUAGUGCCCUUCCCGUAUUACCAAGAUGUUGAUGUAACCCUCCGCGGGUUACUAUAACAGAAAUAAGUAAAAACAUAUGGGACUGUCCCUUUUACAACAGACAGGGGCACAUAAGAAUAGUAUAAAUUUAAAAUCCAAUUCAUUAAAUAAACUUUAUACAUGUGACCAACAGACUGGACACAACUAAAGUAGUUAGGAAAAAUGUAUUUGCCAGUGCUAUUGUAACAUAUUAUGUAAAUGUGUAGGUAUAUAAUAUUGUUUUAUAUACUAUUGUUAUUAUAAUGUUUGAUAUGAGUUCCUAUGAAUUAAGUAACUUGUUAAACCUUUCUAGCAGCAAAUAACAAUGUAUGCAUUUUUUAACUCUUUAUUUAUUUAUGGCUUUGUACCAAAACAAACUUGUGCAAAUCACCGCACCCUGAUAUAAUCCAUCCAAACAAUCCAUGAGUAAAUGACAUACUUACAUUCAUUGUGCGUCCUCAGAAAUUCCACAUACUUCGCAAUUUGGAGAAGCUACCCUUAUCAUCAACUACAAAAAUAUGCUUAAUGGAAUGUGUCCGAAUCGAGUAUGCAAAUAAUGGUGUAGUAAACUUGAUUAUCUGUUAUACACAUUUUUCGAAAUUUAUAAGAUUUAAAUCAAAUAUCAUUUAUCUAAUCUAAUAUCAUUUAAAUCAAAACAUCGACCAACUGAGGUAAAUGCGUAUGUUUCAACUUAAAUUCUAUAAUGGCGUAUUUUUUCAGCCUUAUCAUUAUUUUCAAAUAUUGCGACAUUAUAAACAACACGGAAUAACAAACUACGUUUGUUGGUUAGUAACGACAAUAAGCAUUGUUUUGACUUAUGUGCUUUUGUCCAUGACUGCAGAAUUGUUAAAAUUUUUACUAAGAUUGUUUUUGUUCAGAUGUACCUCUAUAAAUGAGCUAUCUCAUGAAAUCAAUUAUUUCCAUCUUUGAACUAAGCUCGACUGGGCUAAUUGAAACUUUAAAAUUCUGAAGAACUAUUCUUUUUACCGUUUUAGAAUUAUAUUACCUUGUGAUAUUCAACAGUCCCAAUUCCUUUUAAGUUACAAUUGCCCUGGUCGACUAAUAUGUAUAUAUUUUUAAGUACAAAAUUUAAAUCAAGGAUCUUCAGGAAGGAUAAUGUAAGCGCAUAAAAUACGAAAUUUACAGUUGCAUAGAAUCGUCAGAUGCUGUACGCGUGUCACUAAUGUCGUUAUCUGAGAUCUGCAAUACUAUAACGUAGAUUAGCUGUAAAACCAAGCAAUUAAAACCUGCAUAAAAAAAUAUUACGCGUAUAGAUAUUUUUCUUCACCAUUUAU